GGAGCUCCGAGUAGCACUGACGAGCCAUGGCCGUCGACACGAAGAGGUUCGACGAUGGAGUGCCUUCUCUCUGGCUAGAGCCCCUGGCGUUGGCCGCCUUGCUGGCUCUAGUCGUGUGUGUUGUGUGUAAGCUCUAUUCUCGAUUGACUGUGGGAGUGUGCACCUCCACGAAGAGCAUGAAGGGCAAAACCGUCAUCAUAACCGGUGCGAACGCCGGCAUCGGCAAGGAGACGGCUCGCGAGCUGGCCAAAAGGGACGCGCGAGUGAUCAUCGCCUGCAGGAACCUACAGAAAGCUUCUGAAGCUGCCAAACAGAUCGAGGCUGAAACCGGCAAGCAGAUCUUCAUCAGGAAGCUUGACUUGUGCUCUCUGAAGUCGGUGAAAGACUUUGCAGAAGAGAUCAUCCGGGAGGAGGAACGGGUCGACGUUCUGAUCAACAACGCUGGGAUCGUUCCGUUCCCAGAACGCGUGGAGACCGUCGACGGAUUCGAACAGACGUUCCAGACAAAUCACUUGGCGCCGUUCCUUCUGACGAACCUGCUGCUGAACAAAAUGAAAGAAACCCCUUCGUCCCGCAUCAUCACCUUAUCGUCGAGCUUGCACCACUUCGGCAGGAUCGAUCCCGACCACUUGGACUAUUCCGCCUACAAAGUGCCCAUGCAAGUCUACUCGGACACGAAAUUGGCGAAUAUUCUGUUCACCCGCGAGUUGGCUCGAAGACUCCGAGGAACCGGGGUGACCGCGAACGUGUGCCAUCCGGGAGCCGUGCAAACCGAUAUCAACAGCACUUAUGUCGGAUUUCUGAACUUCUGUCUCAACUGUUUGUUCUUCUUCUUCGGGAAAACCCCCCUCGAAGGAGCUCAGACGUCGCUGCAUUUGAGCGUCUCUGAAGAAGUCGACGGUAUCAGCGGCGAAUACUGGAAGGACUGCCGCGUGGCCAAGGGGAGCGCUGCUUCAAGAGACAUGAAAUUGGCGACUAAGCUCUGGAAUCAAUCAGAGAAGCUGACAGGUCUUGCCAUAUGAGCCCAAUGAUUUGGCAGAACACUUGGAGUUUUCGCGCAUCGACAGCAACAUGCCCAGUUGCCACUGCAUCCAUCCGGCCGACCGAAUCGGCCGGAGCUUGCCUGCGAUGGGGCAAAAGAACAAGAGUGACGAAUGAAACGCUUGGAAUGUCCUCAUCGACGA